AUGUUUGUCAAGAAACCUCGUCAGAAUGACAGCUUUACGAAGAAGUCACACGACAGCUUUUCCAAGCAUCGAGCUGGCAAGAGCGUCUCGAAGAGCCGAACACAGCGCUCAUUCAAAGACCAUACCACUGCAACAAGCCGACGAACGGAAAAGGCUUCUAAGACAUCUAAACAGCCCGUCCAGCCCUCACAAUCAUCUCCCAACAAUCUCAACUCACCCAUAAUCACCCUCUCCAUCGGCCCCUCCGCCCGGCUCUUCGCAGCUCACGAGUCCAUCCUCACCAGCUCCCCCUUCUUCAACAAAUCCCUCACCUCCGCCUUCCUCGAGUCCUCCCAAAAACGCAUCUCCCUCCCCGAAGAGCUCCCAGAGGUCUUCUCCUCUGUCCUUGAAUACCUCUACAAGGGUGACUACUACCCUAAACUCCUCCAUAACAAGCGUCGAGAUCGGUGGGAGUUGGAGGAUGCUCCUCCCCCACCCGCUAGCACCACAGUACCAGUCUCACCGGCACCCAACGCUACCGUCUGGCAUGCUGGUGCCAAUCUAGACCUCUUGAAAGAUACACUGGUGUAUUGUGCCGCCGAUCGGUAUGAUCUGCCAGAUCUGAAAAGGUUGGCCUUGCGGAAACAAGGACUCCAGAGUGGGAUUGGAGUGGGCACUAUACUUGGCAGUGCGAGGUAUGCGUAUGCGAAUACGCCCGAGAGUGAUUCGAAGUUGAGGGCACAUUAUUUGGCGUUAAUAAUUCGGUCAAGACAAACAUUCAAGAGGAGCGGGACGAUGCAAGCAGAGAUGGAGCGAGGGGGAGGGGAGGGGCUAUGGUUUGAUCUCUUCGUUGCAAUGUGCAAUCAUUUGGACGACCUCAAUGCCGUGGCGAAAAGCCCACGAACACCUCGUACACUCUGA